GUUUUUUUUACUCGAUCAUUGAAUUUAAAUUUUUUAAUAGAGUUCAAGUUUUUUUUUAUGUUAGGCCUUCUUUCACUGUCUUUUAGUUGUUUAUUAAUAAUUUGGAGUUUGAAACAAAGCAAUUUUAUAGAAGACUUAUUGACAACAAUCAAAGCCGUUUUGACAACUGUCAGUUUGAUGUUGUAUUUUUUGUCUUGUGCUUACAACAGGCAUAACAUAAGUGUAUGUUAUGUAAAAUGUUUGGACAUUUUGUCCUACAAAAAAAACACAUGCUUAAAAAUGUCAUCUGUAUUUAUCAUUAGUGGUAUGCAUAUGUUUUGUUUGGUUGUGUUUUUUGUCAAUUCAGUCACGACCCAUGAGCCUGCCAUCAAUUUAGUUCUUCAGGCUCAAGAUUUUGUCUGCUUCAUGUUUGAAAUGCAAUUUUACGUGCUCCUAUUGCUGGUGAAAUCAUCACUUGAAAUAAUCACUCAUAGGAUAUCCAACUUUUUUCAUAUAAUCAAGGAAAAUCAAAUUAGUACAAAACUUCUUUUGCCGGAUUACUUUGCAAAUUGUUUAGAAGAUACUAGAUUACUACAUAUGGAGAUAUUUGACAUUAUGGUUAAAGUUAACAAAAUAUUUGGGCUAGAUGCUCUUACCAUAAUCAUUCAAUCAAGAAUUUUGUUUGCUAUUAAUUUGUAUUCAUGUAUUACAAAUUAUGCAAUAAAGGAACUCAUAGAGAGUAUAAUAACAUUUCAAAGAGUUGCAUUACUAUGCUAUUGCAGUGAACUGAUCAAGCGAAAUGAAAAUACUAUUAAAAGCAUGAUUAAUGAAAUGGAUAUAAAUUUACUACCAGGAGAAAAUUAUAAACAACAAAGGCUUCUAUUUAAUCAUCAAGUGGAAAAAUUGAAGUUUGAUUUGGAUGCUUAUGAAAUGUUUUCUAUUAAUUUAGAAACACUUUUGUCUAUUAUAAUUACUACUGCCAGUUAUCUUCUCUUGUUUAGCCAGUUAAAUUUAGACUUUCAGUGAAAUUAUUUAAUUUUUAAUUUUUCUUUUACUGAUUGAUAUAUUUAAACUAUAUAUGAUAUACACAUUGUAAAAUAAUUUUCUGUUUUACUUUUUCACCCAAUUAAAGUACUUUAAAGUUAUAUUACCGUAUUUCAAUAAUUUAAAUACAAUAUUGAUUUUUCAACUAUUUAUGAAAAUUAUCAUAACAU